AUGACUCCUCGUGAACUUUCUAGCAAACCCUCCUCAUCAAAGCUCAACUCGGCUCGUACGUUGCCGCGAGUGGACCAGAACGAUUCAGAGAGAGACCCAUCUUCUCGUACUGCUAGUGGCGAAAACCACUUACAUUCUUCGGCUGCUGCUCCUAGACAAAGCGAAGCUUUCAAGCGCCUGGGACAAGCCAGCUUGGUUUCAUCCUCCAUCUUCAAGUCGGCACCUUCCACCCCAAAUCAGCCAUCUCGCUCAACAACCAACAACCAGCCAUCUACCGUAGCACAGACCGGAUCACAAGCAACCCCAGCCUCUCGCUUCCCAUUUACCCCACAGCGCGCCCCAGGUACCCAGAGUCAAAUGGCGGCUGCUCUGCGAGGUCUCGGAAUCGCCUCUCAACUCUCAUCGGCUGCAGAUACCCAUCGUGCCCCACCCACCACGCGUCCUUUGCCCAAUCCAACCCCUUCCACUCCCCUCCAAGCCAUCCACAAGCCUGGCACCAAGCGUAAAAGUGACGAGAAUCUACCCAUACCGCCUCGACCGCCUCCUAACCUUCCACCCUCCGCUCCACCUCUUCAAAUGCUGAACCAGAUGAAUCAGAAGGCGCGCCCACCUCCUCGACAGAGCAACGCCUUCAAUGUUCUGACACGCAACGCUCUAGUUACAUCGUCUCCUUUCAAGUCGUCUGGUUCUGAUCCAUCAAUAAGCAAAUCCACCUCCAGUUCCUCAGAUAACCUCGACCGUGCCACCUCAUCACCACCACCUACAUCAUUUGUUCCCUCCUCAGAAAGCGAUGAAGUGUCUUCUCAUGGAUCAGACUUAGACCCUGCUUCCUCACCACCCAAUUUCAGGGCCGAUUUGCCCGUCCGCCCGACCUCACCGCGUCCAGGUGGAAGUACGAACGGAGUGCUCAAGAUGCAGAGACUUGGGGGCCCCCGAAGCUUCACACCCCCUCAUACUUCACAGUCUUCCGGUUACGUCUCUGAACCCGAAACCUGUGAUCCGAAUCGACGAGUUCCGUCUGCUCUGAGCUGCCCGAGUAGGCGCCGUGAACGUCGUAAAACUGUAACCUGGGGUGGAGAAGACGUCCUAGAGUUUGAAUGGGAAGAAGAAUGGCGUCGUACCAGUGCCAACUCCUCUUCAGAUUCGCAAAUAUCAGACUCGAAGCUCGAAGACACAUCCGACAUCAGUACUGAGUCUGAUGUCAGCGAAACCCCUCAAGCGUUGGUCGGCCAUCCCAGCCCUGAGCAUCAAUCACAUUCAUCUGAAUUUUGGCAAGGUCCAUCGACCACGACAGAACUGAACGGCCUUGCUUCUCACCACUCCAAUGAGCAUAACCAACCAACUUACCAGGAAGAUGAUCACGAUGCAAUUGACCAAUCUAACGGCUCUGUUGUCAUUCACGAUGGCUCACAAGAACCGCUUCCGCCAGCAGUAUCCGGCAUUGAUACCUCAUAUACUGCAAACAGUCAAUCGAGUGAAAUUGAUCCGGUUGAUCAGAUGGUCGACGAACUGCUUACAUCUCCUGACUUAGCCGGACUUGUCAAUGCCCAAGCAGGUCACACUCGGCCGACCGCCUCUCUUGUGCAUGGCCAAGACCGGAAUUGCCCACCUGAAAAUUUCGGCCCUCCCGAGGAGACUCUUGCAGAAGCAGACAAAGCUGUAAUUCAGAAAAACAAUGAUCUUCCUCAAACCAAUCAUGUCCAACCGCGUUCUCGUUUCCCCUACGUGAAAGCGGAGAAUUCUGACCAACUAUCUGAGCGGCCAGAAACUGUCAUCUUACCCACGGAGGCUCCUUCCACAUCCAAUCCUACCCCACUCGAGCAGAUUCCUCCCAGUCAAGCAGCCUCAUUCCAGCCCAUCUCUUUGUCAUGCUUAGGUCUCGAAGAUAGUCUUUUUGGCGAAGCUUCCGUAAUCUCCUCCAUUCUCGAAUCAUCAACCCUCGAUGUGGAAGGUUUGGAUGCUAUGUCCUUAGCUCCUUCCCAACCAAUGCUAUCUUCUACACCUCGCGCCUCCUACUCGGAUCAACUCCCAUCUCCCAAUCCUCCCUCACCACAAGCCUGUCACCCAAUCAGUACGGCUCAGAUAGAAGUUGAAGAAGCCCCAUCUGCUCAUACCAGCCCUCGACGUCCCUUGCCCAGACCUCCGCCGGCCUCUUCCAAUGUUCAUACUGCGCACCCUGCCCUUCAAGCUCUCUCAGCGACUACACAAUCUGCAUACAAUCUCCCUGAAGUUCCACACAGCUCGCCAUUUCCCUCAUCGAACCAGCUGUCUGGCUCAGCUACUGCAGCAUGGGUCCGUCCUGCAAGUGAAGCUGUCACCUCCGAGUCUGAUACUGGAGGUGAGAGUGGACCUGGCAGUCCAAACGGGAACCGACCUAGGAUAACCCGCAAAAGAAUCCAUGAUCGAAUUCGGGAUCGAGAUCGCGCCUCGAAGACCGGAGAAGAGUCUGAGGAUAUUUCUCUGAGUAUACUGUCUCGUGCACCGACUUCUCAUUCGGCAUCAAUCCACAAACUUGGGCUCAAUGGCGAGGAAGAAAAACUGGAAUUGUCUCAGGAUAUCACCAUGGAUUCAGAUGAACCGACUCGCUCAACCGUCACCAUAGGCCCUCUCAAAGAGAUUCAAGCGAGGCCCCCUAUGAGGGCCCAACAAGUCAAAUUAUCUAGUAAUGAUGAUCUGCUUGGGAUUCAGGAAGCCCAACUUGAGCCCGGAAACUUGAGUACGAUUUCGAGUGGACUCGACAAGCUUGCCCGCGGCUUUCAAGCCUUGGAAGACGGGACAAAGUCUUCUGAUUCUUCCCUCUCGCUCAUCAAACCAGAAGGCUUGAAUGUCACUGAGUCACCCGCGCUGCCCAGCAAAACGGUCAUGAUCAAGGGCGCUGGCCGUAGGAGACGCAGCGCCUCAACUGGUGGUGCUGAUCUAGAUGAAACUGGCACAGGCACUGGUGCCAAGGCUGCUGUUAAAUCAACUCCCAUCAAGCGGUAUUCUAUGGCUGUGGACAAGGAAAAUUCGAAGAUCACAUCCGCCUUACUUCACAACACCAUCCAACCUGCAAUGUCAAAUACUGACUUGCAGGAGCCGCUCAAUCGAGUCUUGAAUAGAGCCAACAACGCCAGAUCGUAUCGAGUCUCUGAGCCCGAUGAGAUUGUGGUCGCUUCCGAUCAUACAAUGACCGCUGGGGUGGCAGGCGAUGUAGCGGCAAAUCGCAAUUGGCGUAAGGUCAGAAAGGUUUCCGAUAUCAAUCAACACGCAGCUCAGUUGAAAGCUUUUUGGGCUCAAAAUGGCAAUACUAACAAGAUUGGACGUGUUUUCAUUAAAAUGUCCAAGUUGGUUUUUCGAGGAGUGCCCUUGUCACAACCCCCGGCCCACUUUCAAGUGGUAAUUGAUAACGGUCUUCAUACGGUUAGGACCCCAUUCUACAAGUUGGAGCCUGAAGUUACGAUUGGCGUAGAAUUCGAGCUUGUUCGAGCCAAGAAGCUGGAGUUCAGUCUUGCCUUCUGUGUUCCGCUGAACGAACCACUCAAUGCCCACCUCAAGCCCCCACUUCCUCCCAAGCCUCUCUCUCCACCCCGACCAGUCUCCCAAGUAGUCCCACAAUCUGUCCCUCACAGUCCCAAACGGCUAUUUGGCUUCUUUGGUGCCUCCUCUAAGCGGAGCUCGAAACAUCAACAGCAGAUACUACUAGAGAAGCAACAACAGAUUCAAAUUAUGGAGCGCGAAAAGGCUGUUCUGGCUCGCCAGCUGGCUGCUCGGUCAACUCCACAUCCCCUUGUUGGCCUACUCGACCGAAAUCAUGUCUUGGCAACUGCGCUCGUCAACUUUGAGCAAUAUGCGCACGAGUGCUUAGGUAAAUGGAAACAUGCGGUUGUUCCUUGCAUGUCUGCUUUAGAAGAUCCAGUCAAAGCUGAGAUGCAGAUGAGACGGACAUUCACUGGACCAAUCGGACAAGUCAGUCUGGAGUUUUUGUCGCUUCCUCCGAUCCCUAAGCUGCCGAAUGCGACGAUUCCGAACUCGGGUUCGGAAUGCUUAAAAGGUCUCAAGAUAGCUGAAUGGUGGCAAGAGGUAUGGCACGAAGGUGUUCUCAGUCAGUUGGGCGCUGAUUGUCUGACCUGGAGAAGAAGGACAUUCAAGGCGACUGGCGGAUCGCUUUUUGCUUAUAACGAUAUCAUGAAGAAGCUGUCUGCAGAGAUCCGAUUGACUGAAGUGGUUUCUCUCCAAGACUGCGGAAGCGAGAAUGUUGAUGAGAACGAACAACCGAAACAUAGCACGAUCAAUGACCAAGGAGAGAUACUACCACCAUUCACCUUCCGACUGGUAUUCAAAGACGGCUCCGAGAUUUUGUUCCAUGCCGACAAUCAGACCGAGUUCAAACGUUGGAAAAACGUACUGAAACAACUUUUGGGGAAGAUCCAACCACUGCCAGCUUGGGCCGAAUUGCUGCGGUUGCAGAUCGCUGCUCGGCAGGCAUCAUCAGCGGAGGACGAAAAGAGUGAGGAAGAGAGAGCUGGCGGACAGAAGCAAUCUGCGAAGCCUGUGGGUCACCGCCAGCCCGGUCGACGCCCCCGUUCGCCGAAGUCUCGUGCGAUGGCCAGCAAGCCUCCGUCAAGCUCCUCCCAAGCAUCCUCAAUCUCCACCCUCACCUCUGCCGCGUCUUCCAGCUAUCCCACCAAUCUUUCUGAUAUCACCUCCAACACUUACUCUUCCAUGCGGCCCGCAUCGGCUCUGAUGAGCUCCCAAGCGCCGUCCCAAGCCUCUUCGCAAGCUCCUUCUCAUCGGCUCAAGCCGUCCAACAUCGGCUCCGAUGCUUCUUCAUCUCGUCGUCCCCCAUCCACCCUCCUCACCUCUUCCCCACGCCCCACACUCUCGGCCAUGUCCUCCGUCGGCUCCACCGCCAUGUCCUCGGCCGGCUCUGCUGCCUCCUCCGUUCACUCUAGACCCACUUUCGCUUCCGGUUCUUCCGCCAAUAAUCUUCCUCCAUCCUCCAGGCCCAUUCAAUCUCAAAUGAAACGCUCCAAGGGAAACGUCAAACUCGUCUGA